AUGAAGCUCUUCUCUAAAUUACUGUCUCAGACGGAUAUUCGUAAAAGAUUAUCCAUUCCAAUGAAAAGCUUUCAAUCUUUUCCACGUUUUAAAGCUGCCCAUGCUCGGAAUUUGCAAGUGAAGGAUGAGAGCGGGGGUCUCUGGCAGUUUCGUCUCUGCAUUCGCAAGAAGAAUUAUUUGAAACCAGUGUUUUCCACAGGUUGGGGCAAGUUUGUUCAGUCCAAGAAUCUCCAGGUUGGGGAUAAAGUGAAGUUGUACAAGGAGGCAGAUCAAGCUUCGGGAGCACAGUUCAAAAUUAAAGCCAAGAGGGCCGUCAAGAUUUUUGGGGUUGUUUUCGGUCUCCAAGACAUUGAUGCUGAUGCAAUUAAUAGGAAAUAUAGGAGUGUAAUUCAUUUUGAUGAAAGUGGGCAAAAAUUUCACUUAUCAGCUUUUGGAAGUUACGCUCGUUAA